GGAAUGGCAUGAGCGACACGACCAGAUUCUGGCCACUUGGUACUGGAGGGCCAUAACCAUGUUUGGCGCCCAAGGAGAUGGGGCCAUGGAGGGCGCAGAACAUGCCAUAAUAUGCAUGUUCGGGUUGAAAGAUGCGAGAGUGUCUGCUAACAUGAUGGGAACUCUGAAUAUCUCUUCGAGUCCUUUCAACGAAGGCAAUGCAGGUCACGCAUGCUCACAAUGUGGCGUGGUGGUACGCAUUUGGUCUGAUAGAAUGGAUGGGACUGAGGGGGUUGAGCACUGCUAUACUUCUUUCUUCAAGGCCGUCGAAGCUUCCGUGGGACUUGACUUUGUUGCUUCGUCCUCGACCGGGUUGAUUCCGAUAACUCCUCUUCCUUGAAUAACUGUGGUUGCUCAAAGGUUGGGGUUCUCAUUCUCCACCUACUCAGUCUCAUCUUGAGGUUCCUUUCCUUUGGUGGCUUCUCUUUCUUCUAAAAAAUACAAUACGGCAUAAAAUGUACUUAUCCUUCUUCAUCUACAAAAAAAACCUUCUUCAUGUA